AUGGCAACUUCCUCUCUCUGUUCCUCCUUCACUUCCCGAACAUGUAAUCCACACUCUCGUCUUCACCACCGCAAAACCCUAACCCUACCACCUUCCUUUUUUCUCAAUUCACCUUCCGUUUCCAAAACACGCCGAAUUAGGACUCGUCGAUCGGCUCCGGUUGCCUCGCUCGGUGGUUUGUUAGGCGGUAUAUUCAAAGGAAACGAUACCGGAGAAGCUACAAGGAAGCAAUAUAAUGCAACUGUUAACACUAUCAAUGGAUUGGAACCGAAGAUUUCUAAACUUUCGGAUUCUGAACUUAGGGACUGGACUUUUGCACUGCGGGAGCGUGCUCAGAACGGAGAGUCCUUGGAUUCUCUCUUGCCUGAAGCUUUUGCUGUUGUAAGAGAAGCUUCUAAGAGAGUUCUCGGCCUUCGUCCAUUCGAUGUUCAGUUGAUAGGGGGAAUGGUUCUUCAUAAGGGGGAAAUAGCGGAAAUGAGGACUGGAGAAGGGAAGACUUUGGUUGCUAUUUUGCCAGCUUAUUUGAAUGCAUUAGUUGGGAAGGGAGUUCAUGUUGUUACCGUUAAUGAUUAUCUUGCUCGCCGUGAUUGUGAAUGGGUUGGUCAAGUUCCACGCUUUCUUGGAAUGAAGGUUGGCCUCAUCCAGCAAAAUAUGACAAGUGAGCAAAGAAAGGAAAAUUAUUUAUGUGACAUAACAUAUAGUGUUGAGGAGCUUGUCAUUAGGGGUUUCAAUUACUGUGUCAUUGAUGAGGUUGAUUCAAUCCUUAUUGAUGAAGCUAGAACUCCACUCAUUAUAUCAGGACCUGCAGAGAAACCCAGUGAUCAAUAUUUCAAGGCUGCAAAAAUAGCAGAAGCCUUUGAACGAGAUAUACAUUACACUGUGGAUGAAAAACAAAAAUCGGUUCUACUUUCUGAACAGGGCUAUGAAGAUGCUGAAGAAAUUUUAGCUGUCAAAGAUUUAUACGAUCCACGAGAACAAUGGGCUUCAUUUGUCAUAAAUGCAAUUAAAGCAAAAGAACUUUUUCUUCGAGAUGUAAACUACAUAAUCCGCGGAAAAGAGGUCCUAAUUGUUGACGAGUUUACUGGUCGAGUAAUGCAGGGGAGAAGGUGGAGUGAUGGACUUCACCAAGCAGUUGAAGCAAAGGAAGGGCUGCCCAUUCAAAAUGAAACCGUGACACUGGCUUCUAUUAGUUACCAGAAUUUCUUUCUGCAGUUCCCAAAACUUUGCGGCAUGACUGGCACUGCAGCAACAGAAAUCACUGAAUUUGAAAGCAUUUACAAGCUUAAAGUUACAAUCGUGCCUACAAAUAAACCUAUGAUAAGAAAGGAUGAAUCCGAUGUAGUUUUUAGGGCUACUACAGGGAAAUGGCGCGCGGUUGUGGUGGAAAUCUCGAGAAUGAAUAAAACUGGUCGACCUGUGCUUGUUGGCACCACUAGCGUUGAGCAGAGUGAUUCUUUGUCUCAGCAAUUGAAGGAAGCUGGAAUUCCACAUGAGGUUCUCAAUGCAAAACCAGAAAAUGUAGAGAGGGAAGCAGAAAUUGUAGCACAAAGUGGUCGUCUUGGGGCAGUGACAAUUGCCACCAAUAUGGCUGGUCGUGGGACGGAUAUAAUCCUUGGCGGAAAUGCUGAGUUUAUGGCACGACUGAAGCUUCGUGAGAUACUGAUGCCGAGAGUUGUUAAGCUAGUAGCUGAAGGAGAUUUUGUAUCAGUGAAGAAGCCUCCUCCCAGUAAGUCAUGGAAGGUGAAUGAGAAGCUGUUUCCAUGCCAACUAUCAAACCAAAAUACUGAGUUGGCCGAGAAGGCCGUGCAAUUAGCUGUUAAAACAUGGGGCAAAAGAUCAUUAACUGAGCUGGAAGCAGAAGAGCGCCUAUCAUAUUCCUGUGAAAAGGGCCCUGCCCAAGAUGAAGUCAUUGCCGAGCUGAGAAAUGCAUUUAUUGAAAUCAGCAAGGAAUAUAAAGUCUUCACCGAGGAAGAGAGGAAGAAGGUCGUGGCAGCUGGUGGACUACAUGUAGUGGGUACAGAGCGUCAUGAAUCACGACGAAUUGAUAAUCAGCUGCGUGGCCGAAGUGGCAGACAAGGGGAUCCAGGAAGCUCGCGCUUCUUUUUAAGUCUUGAAGAUAAUAUUUUUCGGAUAUUUGGUGGAGACCGAAUUCAGGGCUUAAUGCGGGCUUUUAGAGUGGAAGACCUACCUAUCGAGUCCCAGAUGUUGACCAAAGCAUUAGAUGAAGCCCAAAAGAAAGUGGAGAACUAUUUCUUUGACAUUCGGAAGCAAUUGUUUGAGUAUGAUGAAGUACUUAAUAGCCAAAGAGAUCGAGUUUAUACAGAGAGAAGACGGGCCCUUCAAUCUGUCAAUCUUCAGUCUCUUCUUAUUGAAUAUGCUGAAUUGACAAUAGAUGACAUUUUAGAGGCCAAUAUUGGUUCUGAUGCUCCAAAAGACAGCUGGGAUCUUGAUAAACUAAUUGCAAAAAUUCAGCAAUAUUGCUACUUGUUGAAUGAUCUGACCCCUGAUUUGCUGAGGAAUGAGUGUUCUGAUUAUGAGGGAUUGCGGAGCUAUCUUCGUCUCCGUGGUAAAGAAGCUUAUCUGCAAAAAAGGGAUAUUGUGGAGCAACAAGCAUCAGGUUUGAUGAAAGAAGCAGAGCGGUUCCUAAUCUUGAGCAAUAUCGAUCGGCUUUGGAAAGAACAUCUACAAGCACUAAAAUUUGUUCAGCAAGCUGUGGGUUUACGAGGGUAUGCACAACGGGAUCCACUUAUUGAAUAUAAGCUUGAGGGUUAUAACCUUUUCUUGGAGAUGAUGGCACAAAUAAGAAGAAAUGUUAUAUAUUCUAUAUAUCAGUUUAAACCUGUGCUGCUAAAGCAAGAUCAGGAAAAAAUGGAGAAUCAGAAAUCAGGAAAACGGAAUGCACGUGCUCUGACCGAUACCAACCCAGAUCCAGUUGGCACAGUUGAGCCAUCAACAAGUGCUAGUUCCUAA